UCAUUUCUAUUCAAUACUGCACACGCGAGUGUUGAGUUGUGAAUAUUUUAUUUCUAUUUUAUUAAAUGUAAUUUAACACUCUAAACCAUGAGUUAUUCAAAGUUUGAUUUGACCUUUAAAAUUGGUCAAUAUCUGGACCGCCAUUUGGUGUUUCCAUUGUUGGAGUUCUUGGCUGCAAAGGAGACAUAUGACCACUCAGAAUUGCUUCAAGCCAAGUUAGAGAUUUUGAGCAAAACUAAUAUGAUUGAUUAUGUCAUUGACAUAAGGAGUAUGUUGUAUCCUGAUGAAGAAACACCAGAGGAAAUCAUGGAAAGAAGAGGAUAUGUACUAUCUCAACUCCAAGAGCUCCAGGAUGCUGUAGAGCCAGUGCUGAGGCUCAUGCAGCGAGAUGAUGUAAUGAAGACCAUGGAAACUAUGAGGGAUCCAAAAACUUUGAUUAACUAUCUCACCACCAAUAAGGAAUUUGAGUUCAAAAUUGAGAUGAUUGACAGCAUGUAUCGCUUAGCCAAGUACAGAUAUGAAUGUGGUAACUACGUGGAGUCAGCUUCAUAUUUGUACUUCUGUCAGUUAGUCAUGUCUCCAACAGACAAGAACUAUCUGUCGGUGCUAUGGGGUAAGUUCGCCAGUGAGAUUCUCGUCCAGAACUGGGACGGAGCGUUGGACGAUCUGACGAAGCUUCGAGAGUUCAUAGACAACGGCGGCGGUGGUGCCACGGCCAGCAACAUGCAGGCUCUACAGCAGCGCACUUGGCUGGUCCACUGGUCCCUCUUCGUGUUCUUCAAUCAUGUAAAAGGCCGUGAUCUAAUCAUUGAGAUGUUCCUGUAUAAGCCCUUAUAUCUUAAUGCGAUCCAGACAAUGUGCCCGCAUAUCCUUCGUUAUUUGGCCACCGCUGUCAUCAUCAAUAGAUCUAGAAGGAAUGCUCUCAAGGAUCUUGUGAAAGUUAUACAACAAGAAGCUUACACAUACAGAGAUCCCAUCACUGAAUUCAUUGAACACCUUUACGUAAACUUCGAUUUCGACGCAGCGCGUCGGAAACUCAACCAGUGCAAAGCUGUUCUGUCUACUGAUUUCUUCUUGAUCGCUUGCCUGGAAGAGUUUGUUGAAAACGCAAGAUUAAUGAUUUUCGAAACGUUCUGUCGUAUUCAUCAAGUUAUCAGUAUUGGAAUGCUGGCAGAGAAUCUUAGUAUGCAGCCAGAUGAAGCUGAAUGCUGGAUUGUGAAUUUGAUUCGUAAUGCGCGACUGGACGCAAAGAUAGAUUCUAAAUUGGGACAUGUAGUAAUGGGUGCUCAACCCUUGUCCCCCUACCAACAACUUGUAGAGAGAAUUGAUUCCCUGGCUGUGCGCUCGGAGGCGUUAACUUCUCUUGUAGAGAGAAAACAAAAAGCUCGCACAACUGACAUUCGCUGGGGUACUCAAGAGUUUUAAUUGUGUAAAUAUUUGUUUCAUAUUUUUGGAAUAAAAUAUUUCUCUCAUCA